AUGGCUGAAAGCGGAAGUGAAGAGAACACGGAUCAUAUUGACAGAUAUACUUUCUUUUUUUCACAUACACUUCAAAAGCGACAGGACACACAACCAAUUCCUGACAAGCCUUGCGGCUUCCUUGCUUACGGUCUAAUUUAUUUCGAUUUACAGUCAGUUCCGUUCGUGCACCACAUGGACACUGAGUCAAUUCAGGAGAUCACAAUCAAGGGAAAAGCACCCAACGGCGCAUCCAGAUUCUCCUUGUACCUCCAAAACGGAUCGGAAAAUGAACCGCACGAGAUUGCGUUCGUGUUCGAUGCGCGGUUUAACUUCGGCAGUGACCACAACAAAAUAGUGACCAACUCUAAGAAGGGAGGCGCCUGGGGGUCGGAGGACCACAGACAUCUUGCAUUCCCUUUUCAUCCAGAACAGGAUUUCAGGAUCAAAAUCACGGUGGAUGAUGACUCCUUUAAAAUGAAGGUCAACGGUGAAAAGUUUCUGGAAUAUGAACAGAAGCUGUCCAUGAAAUCAAUCAACUGCAUCAGGAUACAGAAUGACAUCGUUAUUGAAGAAAUCAAGCUUAAAUAGACUGUACCUACGUGAUUCAAUAUUGCGGCCUAAUUGGUAACAUACGAAGGUGUUCGCAUGUGUUUUUUUUAUACAGUCCUGCAGAUGCAUGGCAUAGAUAUGCGUGUAGCAACACUGAAGGGUUGUCAUAAAGUGAAGCUUAUUUCAUUAACACGAUGAAUAUACUUAAAUGACAUUGUUAAAAAAGGGAUGAAUAUCUAAUGUACUAUGUUAAACGUGUGUAACCAACUAAUUACUGUAUGAAUAAUUUAACAUAAACUGUG